AGCCGAAAGGGUUUCGUUUGAAGCCUGCUUCAGACAUAAGCUUCAGGGACUAAAUUAAAAACUUGUUCAUUUGGAGAAGAAGAAGAAGAUUCAAAAGUUACAAUCGGUAUUUUAUUUAAGAGAACAAAGAAUAUAAUCAAAGGAUUAAUCGAUUGAUUGAUUGAAAGAAAAUUGAAAAAAAUUGCAGAGAAAUCAGAAUUGGGAGCAGACCCCUAACCCAACAUGUCUGCUAUUGUGUGUGGAAAGAGAAGAUCCUUCUUUGAAGAAAUUUCAGCAACAUCUCCUCCUUCAUCUUCUAAGAGGCUUCGUUGUUCUUCUACUUCUCCAAUUCGAUUUUCUCCAACUAAUAUUAAUCCAUUUUCUCAUUCCUCUUCUUCAUCAUCUACCUUUGUUUUACCUUCUGAUAAUAAUAAUUUAAAUAACAAUAAUUCUGUUGCUGCUUCUGCUGCACUUGAUCAUCUCAUAUCGAUCUUCCCUGGUAUGGACAAAGAGCUUCUUGAGAGAGCGCUCCUGGAAUGCGGUGAUGAUCUGGAUUCUGCUAUCAAGAGUUUAAAUGAACUUCGCUUAGGAUCUGUUGAAAUCAACUCAGGGUCUACUGCUGAAAGGGCUGAUUUACCAUCACAAGAAGUCACUCCUGAAGAUGAUGCAUCUGCUCAACAUUCAUUGCCUCAAGAUGGCCUCCCGAAAAACUGCUCAGAAUGGGUCGAGUUGUUUGUGCGAGAGAUGACGAGUGCAUCUAGCGUGGAUGAUGCAAAAGCUCGUGCCUCCAGGUUGCUGGAGGUUCUGGAGAAGUCUAUCCGCUCCCAUGCUAGUAUGGAGGCAACAGGAAAUUCUCAAAAGGAGUACGCGAUGCUGAAGCAACAAUUGGAAACUCUGAUCCGAGAAAACACUAUCCUCAAGCGAGCUGUAAGUAUCCAACAUGAGCGUCAAAAAGAGUAUGAUGGCACGACCCAAGAGCUGCAGCAGUUGAAGCAGCUUGUGGCUCAGUAUCAGGAGCAAUUAAGAACGCUCGAGGUAAACAACUAUGCACUUACAAUACAUCUGAGACAGGCUACACAAAACAACUCCAUCUCUGGGCAUUUCCAUCCUGAUGUCUUCUAAGGAUCGGAAGUACAAACAUGAGGUACAGAAUAUAUGUGUAGGGAGAGUUUACCUCUUCUGUCAUCUCAUAUGAUGUAACAGUUUAUAUAUGUUGUUUAAAUGGAAUAAGUAAGACUCUAAAUUAGCAUCUGGUUUUUUGCACUAGUUAAACAGCGAAGUAUAAAAAUUUAAUUUGAGAUUUGAAGUUUAGCUUUGAUGAUAUAUUGCCAGAUGGUGAUGGUAUUUAUUAUGAGACGAUCUAUCUAAUUUUGCAUGUAUUGCUAUU